AUGGGUUCAACAUCGCUACACCUCGCAAUGUACCCUUGGUUUGCUAUUGGCCACCUUACCCCAUUUCUAUACCUUUCCAACAAACUAGCCCAGAAAGGCCAUAGAAUCUCCUUUUUCAUCCCCACCAACACACAACCAAAGCUUGAGCCUUUGAAUCUCUACCCGGAUCACAUUACCUUUGUCCCCAUCGCUCUUCCUCAUGUUGACGGCCUCCCUUCCGACGCUGAGACUACUUCAGAUGUGCCAUCCACUUUAUUCCCACACCUUGUGAUUGCCAUGGACCGGACUGAGAGUCUUAUUGAACUUCUCCUCCGUGACCUUAAACCAGACAUUAUCUUCUUUGAUAUUGCUUUUUGGGUUCCAAAAUUGGCACGAAACUUAGGUAUCAAGUCAAUUCUUUACAGCGUUGUGAGUGCAGCUUCAGUAUGUUACUGUAUGGUCCCUGCAAGGCAACGCAGUGGUUACCAUUCCGAGAAUGACUUUAUGCAGCCCCCGUCUGGUUUCCCACUAUCCUCCUCCAUCGUGCUCCAUGUCCACGAAGCUCGACUCUUUGCUGCAGUGUCAACCAUGAAGUUUGGCAGCGACGUUGUUUUUCUUGAGCGCCAAUUUACAAGCUUAGAUCAAUCUGAUGCGCUAGGGUUCUGGGCAUGUAGAGAAAUUGAGGGGCCUUAUGUUGACUAUCUUGUGAGCCAGUUUGAGAAGCCCGUGCUUAUUUCAGGACCAAUUCUAGUAGAGCCACCAGCCUCUACUUUAUAUUUAGAAGAAAAAUGGGUUGAAUGGCUAGGAUCUUUCAAGGCCGGCUCAGUAAUUUACUGUGCACUGGGAAGUGAAUGCAAGUUAACGAAAGACCAAUUCCAGGAAUUGAUAUUGGGUCUUGAGCUUUGCGGUUGGCCAUUUCUUGCAGCACUUAAACCACCCUUCGGGGCUGAGUCUGUUGAAGCGGCGCUGCCGGAAGGGUUCAAAGAACGGAUUAUAGGAAAAGGAAUCGUGCAUGGUGGAUGGGUUCAACAACGAUUGAUUUUAGGCCACCCAUCAAUUGGUUGCUUUGUCACACACUGUGGCGCAGGUUCUUUGUUGGAAGCACUGAGUAGUCAGUGUCAAUUGGUAAUGUUACCGCAGAUAGGUGAUCAAAUUAUUAAUGCAAGGAUGAUGGGAAACAAUUUGAUGGUUGGGGUAGAAGUCGAGAAAGGCGAAGAAGACGGCUUGUUCACCAAGGGAAGCGUCUCCAAGGCUGUGAGAACUGUGAUGGAGGUUGAUAGCGAGGUUGGGAGGCUGGUCAGAGCCAAUCACAUUAAAUUCAGAGACCUCUUGCUCAACGAAGAUUUACAAUUAUCAUAUAUUGACAGUUUCUGUCAGAAGCUUAAAGAUUUGAAGGACAAUAGAUACACAAACAAAAUACGACUUUCCACAAGAGAAGCCAAUAUGGGUUCAACAUCGCUACACCUCGCAAUGUACCCUUGGUUUGCCAUUGGCCACCUUACCCCAUUUCUCUACCUUUCCAACAAACUAGCCCAGAAAGGCCAUAGAAUCUCCUUUUUCAUCCCCACCAACACACAACCAAAGCUUGAGCCUUUGAAUCUCUACCCGGAUCACAUUACCUUUGUCCCCAUCGCUGUUCCUCAUGUUGAUGGCCUCCCUUCCGACGCUGAGACCACUUCAGAUGUGCCAUCCACUUUAUACCCACACCUUAUGACUGCCAUGGACCGGACUGAGAGUCUUAUUGAACUUCUCCUCCGUGACCUUAAACCAGACAUUGUCUUCUUUGAUUUUGCUUUUUGGGUUCCAAAAUUGGCACGAAAAUUGGGUAUCAAGUCAAUUCUUUACAGCGUUGUGAGUGCAGCUUCAGUAGGUUACAGUAUGGUCCCUGCAAGGCAACGCAGUGGUUACCAUUCCGAGAAUGACUUUAUGCAGCCCCCGUCUGGUUUCCCAGUAUCCUCCGUCGCGCUCCAUGUACAUGAAGCUCCACACUUUGUUGCAAUGUCAAACGCCAAGUUUGGAGGCGAUGUCCUUUUUCUUGAUCGCCUAUUGACAAGCUUAGGCCAGUCUGAUGCGCUAGGAUUCUGGGCAUCUAGAGAAAUUGAGGGGCCUUGUAUUGACUAUCUUGUGAGCCAGUUUGAGAAGCCCGUGCUUAUUUCAGGACCAAUUCUGGUAGAGCCACCGGCCUCUACUUUAGAAGAAAAAUGGGUUCAAUGGCUUGGAUCUUUCAAGGCCGGCUCAGUAAUUUACUGUGCAUUGGGAAGUGAAUGGAAGUUAACGAAAGACCAAUUCCAGGAAUUGAUAUUGGGUCUUGAGCUUUGCGGUAUGCCAUUUCUUGUAGCACUUAAACCACCCUUCGGGACUGAGUCUGUUGAAGCGGCACUGCCAGAAGGGUUCGAAGAACGGAUUCAAGGAAAAGGAAUCGUGCAUGGUGGAUGGGUUCAACAACGAUUGAUUUUAGGUCACCCUUCAAUUGGGUGCUUUGUCACACACUGCGGCUCAGGUUCUUUGUUGGAAGCACUGAGGAGUCAGUGUCAGCUAGUAAUGUUACCGCAGAUACCUGAUCAAAUUAUCAAUGCAAGGAUGAUGAGCAACGAUUUGAAGGUUGGGGUAGAAGUCGAGAAAGGCGAAGAAGACGGCUUGUUCACCAAGAGAAGCGUUUGCAAGGCUGUGAGGAAUGUGAUGGAGGUGGAUGGUGAAGUUGGGAGGCUGGUGAGAGCCAAUCAUGCUAAACUAAGAGACCUCUUGCUCAGCGAAGAUUUACAGUCAUCAUACAUUGACAAUUUCUGCGAUAAGCUUCGAGAUUUGGUUGGAUAA